AUUACAAUUAAAGGCGGGUUCGGUCAAAACCCUAGAAAUCGAAAAAGCGCAGAGCUCACCGAAGACAAACGUCGCAUAAUUUUCCAAUCUCUCCCCCUCUUAACUUCCAUCGCCAUCUGCAGACGUCGUUUCAGUGGAAUUUUCCAUUGCUAAUCAUAGUUAUCCAAUGGCUGGUCAUAGAAACGGGAAGCGUUCCCAUUCUGAUUAUUCUGAAAGUGGAGGAAAUAAAAGAAGACAUUCUGGUGAUGAUAGGGAACACUUCGCCAUUGAUGCUGAUGAUACUGUUUACCGAUAUCUGUGCCCUGCAAAGAAAAUUGGAAGCAUUAUCGGAAGGGGAGGUGACAUUGUCAAGCAGUUAAGAGCUGAUACAAAAUCCAAGAUCAGGAUUGGCGAGUCUAUGUCUCAGUGUGAUGAGCGUGUUGUUACCAUUUACAGUGCCAGUGAUGAGACUAAUGCCAUUGGAGAUGGUGGUGAUUUUGUUUCUCCUGCGCAGGAUGCUCUGUUUAAGGUGCAUGACAGAGUUGUUGCAGAAGAGUUGCAUGGUGAUGAGGACAUCGACAGUCACCAGGUUAUUGCACGUCUGCUUGUGCCAUCUGAUCAGAUUGGAUGUGUUAUUGGUAAAGGUGGACAGAUAGUUCAGAGCAUUCGCAAUGAGACCGGUGCGCAAAUUCGCAUUCUUAAGGACGAUCAUUUGCCUCCCUGUGCAUUGAGCUCAGAUGAACUUGUACAGAUUUCUGGGGAGGCUGCAAUUGUGAAGAAGGCCUUGCACCAAAUUGCAGCUCGUCUUCAUGACAAUCCAUCACGAUCUCAGCACUUGCUCCUUUCAGCUGUUCCAUCAGUAUAUCCUUCUGGUGGCUCACUAAUGGGCCCAUCGGCUGGUGCCCCAAUUGUCGGAAUAGCUCCUUUGAUGGGACCUUAUGGUGGUUACAAAGGUGACACUGGAGACUGGUCACGGUCCUUGUACUCAGCUCCAAGGGAGGAAGUGUCCAAGGAGUUCUCUCUUCGUUUGGUAUGUCCAACUGGGAAUAUAGGUGGUGUGAUUGGAAAGGGUGGUACCAUAAUCAAUCAGAUCAGACAGGAAUCUGGGGCAGGCAUCAAAGUUGAUAGUUCAACAGCUGAAGGAGAUGAUUGCUUAAUAACUAUAUCUUCGAAGGAGGUUUUUGAGGACUCGUUUUCUCCUACUAUAGAAGCAGCCUUGCGGUUGCAACCAAGAUGUAGUGAUAAAGUUGAAAGGGAUUCAGGCAUUAUCUCAUUCACAACCCGCUUACUUGUGCCAACCUCUCGAAUUGGCUGUCUUAUUGGUAAAGGGGGAGCUAUUAUUACCGAGAUGAGGAGACUUACCAAAGCUAACAUCCGCAUACUCCCAAAGGACGACCUUCCCAAAGUUGCAUCUGAAGAUGAUGAGAUGGUACAGAUUGCCGGAGACCGUGAUGUUGCCAAGGAUGCUCUCUUGCAAAUCUCUCAGCGAUUAAGAGCGAAUGUUUUUGAUAGGGAGGGUGCAGUUUCUGCUUUUCUGCCUGUUAUGCCUUAUCUUCCCGUCCCUGCUGACAAUUCUGAAGGCUUAUCAUACGACAGUAGAGAUAGUAAGAGACAUGGACGUGGUGAUUCAUUCUCUGGUGGAUAUAGCUCUAGGGAUUUGGCUGCUGGUGAUGGUUAUGGUAGUUAUGGUGGUUCACAGAUUGGUGGCAGUGGUAGUGCGUAUGGUGCAUAUGGAAGUUAUUCUUCAGGACGUACUAGUACGUCAGGAUUGUCGAGUCAAACUCCCCCUUCUCGGCGCAAAAGCUAUUACUAAAAAAUCGGUGGUGGGCCUACAGCUGAGAUCCAUGAGGCCUGAAGCCAGCCUUCUGCCAACUUUUGUUGAAGCCCACUGCCUUAACCGGAAGACCAGAUGAACCAGCGUUUGACAUACUCAUGGCCCACCUUGAUGCUACUACUUAGAAGGACCAUAUAUAUGAGGAGAUCUUGACACUUACUAUCGAAAUUUGCCAUGUCCCUGAUACCAAAUUGACCAAGCUCUAUAUAACCAUGUGCUCCCAAGAACCUAGAUAGCCGGCAAGCCUCUGUUACUGCUGUUUUUGUCUGCUUAUGUUUUUACUGUUAAAUACUAGACCAUAUGAUUCUAGUGUGUUUUUUCAAGCCUCUGUUACUGCUGUUUUUCUGCUUAUGUUUUCACUGUUAAAUACUAGACCAUACGAUUCCAGUCUUUUUUUCUUUGCUUCCGUUGCUUUCAAUUAUUGUUUGCUAGUUAUUGUUUUAUUAAUUAUGGAUUUGUCCCCUGGAAGCUGAUUAUUUUCCUUGAAAAGUUGAGCUCUAAUAUCUUGUGCCUUGCAGGAUUUUUUUUUUCUUUCCUUUUUUUCCCUGUUGACUUAGAAAUCUGCAGGGUUUUUCUCAAUUCUUCUACCACAAGAAGCAGUUGCUUGUUUGUCAUAUUUUUAAUUGCUCAGGAGUUUCAUUGUGUUGAUGAAGAUAUGAUACUUCAAUGCUUGUUUUGUUUUUUGAAACAAAUUUUUUUGCUAUGAA